GUAAUUUAUAAUUUACCUACCCCAAACAGCAACGCGUUAAUAAGUUAUAACCUGACUGUAUCAUCAAGGUUAUGUCUGUAGGCUAUUCGUUGUAGGGUGGAGCACGCCCAUACGAUAGGCUUUGGUAACAGAGACUGCCGAUGAAGUGAAGGGCUAUGGCUUUGUGGACACAAAAGCCGAUUAAAGGGGUGCUAUUAGACAUCACAGGAGUUUUGUAUGAAAGUGGAAAUGGGGGCGGAAACGCAAUAAAUGGUUCCAUUUCAGCCGUUUUAGAGUUAAAUAAACUUGGUAUUCCUGUUAGAUUUUGUACAAAUGAAACCCAAUGUACAAGAAGGAAACUGGUGAAAAAACUACAUGAACUUGGGUUUUCAAUGGAAGAAUCUCAUGUAUUUCCACCUAUACCAGCAAUGUGUCAGAUUCUGAAAAAGAGAGAUCUUAGACCACAUACAUUAGUAUCAUCAGCUGCAAUGGAAGACUUGAGUGAAAUAGACUGUUCCAAUCCUAAUUGUGUUGUGAUAGGUGAUGCCACAACUGAAUUAAGUUAUGAAAAUUUGAAUAGAGCUUUCCAAAUGUUGAUUGCAAUGGAAAAUCCAAUUUUAUUUUCAUUAGGAAAGGGAAAGUAUUAUAAAGAUGCUGGUGAACUGUGUUUAGAUGUUGGUUGUUAUAUGAAAGCAUUAGAGUAUGCUUGUGAUAUACAAGCAGAGGUUGUUGGGAAACCAUCAUCAAAUUUCUUUAAUGCUGCUUUGGAGGAUAUGGGUGUCGAAGCCUCAGAGACUGUGAUGAUAGGUGAUGAUAUCGUGAAUGACGUUGGAGGAGCACAGGCGUGUGGAAUGAGAGGGGUUCUAGUCAGAACAGGAAAAUUUAGACCUCAAGAUGAACAGCAUUCCCAAGUUACACCUGAUGGAAUAGUAGAUAAUUUGGCUCAAGCUGUGAAAUUUAUUAUUGAAUCAAAGAACUAAUACAUUAUAAACAGAGAACUUAUGACACUCAACUACAGCUAUACGCCAAUGAAUAAUUUCCCUCUAAUCACUUAUACAUUGGAAAUGUACAAAAUAAGAACUUUUGAAGUGAAUCAACUGAUACAGUAAUUUACAAUCUGUACACAGAGCUAUCAAAUUACAUUUAUAUUCCAAGUUACCCUUGCUAAGGUAAUUUCUGGACUUGAUUGAUAUGAUUCUGAACUUGAUUCGUAAGAUUCAGAUUAAACAUCAUAAUGUUGUGAGCUAGUCAGAAUUAAUUCCCCUUAGAAUAUGUUGCUUCCAUUUAUCCAUAACAACUUUUAUUGUAUUUUCCAUCUUGCAUGUACACAGAACUACUGGUCAAUUUUUUUACAGUUUUACAUGCCCACAUUUAAUUUGGUUAAAAACAAAGUCAAGGGUAUCACAAAACCAUCCUUUAUAGGAUUUACUAUUUCAUAAGUGUAAAAACUUACUUCCUUACAUUGUGAUACCCAUGACUUUGUUUUUAACCACUCCUCCUGCUAGUGUCACUGUAUCAAGUUAAUUAUGUCUUGGAUCCCAUCAAAAUCUAUGUUACCGUAUUCACAUGGUUUUGGAUUCCUCUGUCUGAUUUUUAUUUGGAUUCACAUUUAAUUUGAACUUAUAUUGUUGUCACCACUAUCCUCAGUCCAAAAAUAUCUUAUCAGUAUCAGGUUUUAUACACAUUUGCGGAUAUGUUUUAUUUGGUUAGAAGGGAGACCCCCAUCAAAAUUAUUAAUUUUUGAUCACCUAUUUCUGAAUCUCUCCCAAAUAUAGGACAGAUCUUGAUAGAAUUUUGUUUAAUUUGAAAUUUUACUCAUUUGGCAUGUUUUGUUUUGGUUGUAAUUUGACAUUUGAAGGAGCUAAAUCACUAAUAUUUGGGACCUAGAAAUUGACACAAAUUGGUCGCUACGCAUAUAAUAAUGUAAUAUGAAAGUAUAUAAACUGAUUUACAUUAUAUCAUUUCUGUUUUUAUUCUAUUUUCAAAUCGGUUAUGUGCGACGAAAUAUGCUAGAAGUCCCAAUCGAAUGGCAAUCUCUAGAGUCUGGUUAUUCCAGUCUACACCAAUAGUAUUUAUUGUGCAUGCUCUCCAGAUAAGAACAUGGUGUCACAUGACUUUUGGAAUAUGUCUAGCCCCGUUGUUCGAGUUUCUUGUUACAAAUGGCACUAAAACACAUUCAUGUACCAAUGUUAGAAUUUUUAUUUUGUCUUAAUUAUUGGAUAUCAGAACAGAAGUCCAUCUUUUCCUGGCAAGAUCACAUCAUCAAUGUUAAAAUUAAAUUGACAAAUAUUUUGUGUUUUCAAUGUCGAAGACUUUGGAUGACAUUGAGUGAGUUAGAGACUUAGCUGCUUUAAAGCUUUCAGCUUUAUUUGCAUAAAAUGAAAGAAUUUCUGAAAUUUGGAUUACCUCAAACAGAUCUGUUUGGAAUGUACUGGUGAUUAAAUAAUUUAAAGUAAUUGUUAGUAUAUAUGUAAGUCAUUAGAACUACAAUUUUUUUUUAACUAAGAUCUGAAAAGCCAAAUGUUGUUAAAAAUAUUUUAUGAAAGCUCACUGAACACCAGAACAGUCUUGGAGGGUUUUUUCUGUUUUAUCUUUGAAUGUAUGGAAAUCAGUCAUAAAUGUUAUUUGAUUUAUAAAUUUCAUUACCAGUGUGUUUUUCCUUUGAAUGUGUAAACACCAGUCAUAAAUAUUAUCCUUGUAAAUUUCAAAUAUUAUGUGACUAUUGUUAUAAAUAUUUGAUUCAUAAAUUUUAUUACAAAGAUGGCAGUCAUUAGUUACUUGCACAUUUAUCUUUUUAUCAAUAUUUGUAUCCUAUUCCUAAUGCCUUUAAAUAUCUUCAAAAUUAAUAUUGUUUAAACCAGAAAUAAAACCAGGAAAUUGAGGUUGGGAGAUUCUGAGAUAAUUAUUUGAUUGUACAUAAUGUGUAAAUAAAAUGUUAAAAUUUAA